UCCGGAGUUCAGCUUUUGAUGUGUUCAGAAUUCACCAACAUGGAUGGAGGUGUAUUAAACUAUUAUUAAAUAUAAUGUUAACGUCAUAGAGGUUUUAUGUUUGUACAUGUGCAUGGCUAAAAUAUGUUUAUGUCAUUUAUUAUUAACAUAAGUCCCUGUGUUGAGAUGUUGCCAUAGUUACCAACGCAACAUGACACGGAGCUGCUUCACACACAGAGGUCAUCUCAUUUGUCUUUGCCGUAAAUUAUUUCAAAUAGUUUACCUGUCGGAGCUCACUUGAAACUGUAAGCAUGUACAAAGUGGAUUUGCCUGUUGACCAGUCUAUUGAAAAGGCUGUAGAAAGGAGAAGGUCUGCAGAGACUGCACGCAAGGCCAGAAUCUUCAACACCCGGGUACGUGUGAUGGGUGUUGCCCUUGAUGUUCUAAACCAACAAGUCCAGGAGAAAAAGCAUCGGCAAAACAUGGAGCAGCGACAAGACAAAGCUUUCGAUAAACUGAGACAGUAUCAUGACAACAUACUGCUGCAACAAGACACUGAAGAAAGAGAGAGGCGAGCAGCUGUGCAUGCUGACUUGGUCAAGCACUGGGUCACUCAGCAGCAUGUGGAGGACUCCAGUGAUGCUGGUCUCAAGUGUGGCCUGAAGGGGGCAUCCAUGAUCACUAUUCCAGAGAGUGAGCUGGGCCCUGCAAGUAUGCAGGUUUUUCAGGGAGAGGGGAUCAGAGAAGAGCAAACGAAGAGAGAACAAAUUAAAAAGACAGAAAGAGAUCUGCGAGUGCAGAAGGAAGACAAGGCAAGAAGACUCAUGGGAAACAAGCACCGAGAGAUGCUUGUGAGCAGAGAACUAAUGCAUCAGGACGCAAGGGGGGUUCAAGAAGCGGCACUAGAGGAGGAAUGUAAGAAAGCUCUACGCAUGGCACUCGACAACUACAACCGCGCUCUGGCUGCAGAGCAGGCAGAGAAACUGAGGGAGCAGCACAGGAGAGAGGAGAGGGAGAAUCGUGCAGAGAUGUGGCACACAUUGACAUCGGACAUGAUGACAGAGUGUGCAGAAGCAGCAGGGACGACACACCGGGUUCUGACUGACCGGUGGAAGGGGAUGAGCCCUGAGCAGCUGAGCACCAUCCAUAGGGAGAGAGAGGCACAGCGCCAUGAGAGACAGAGACAGCGUGAUGCUGAGAAGAUGCAGGAUGCAGCAUGGGACCUUCAGCUCCUGAAGCUGUCCAGAGAAGCAGAGGAUGAGGAGACAAAGGCAGCAGAGCUUAGGAGACAGAAAAGGAUUCAGAUGGACCAGCACAACGUGCAGCUGGCUCGUGAGCAGCAGACCCACCAGGAGUUCCUGAACCAGAAGCUAUACACCAACAAACCCACGAAGAACUACUUUAAUCAGUUCAACACCAGCUCUCGCUGACCAUCUCACGCUGAUCCAGGCUUGUCCUCCUGUGACAAAGUGCUAAUAAAAACCUAUUGAUUCUUGUGAAA